UUUUGAAAACAUGAGUUCACGCUUAGAAAGGGCGCUGAACCUGUUGUCUAGCGAUAAAACUUCGCUUUCUUUGAAAAGAGAUGCUGCAGAUCGAAUCACCGAAGUUCUGCUUCAAUCUGAAGAUAGCGUACCCAGUAUAUUGGAACAAAUUUGCACACAGCUUUUGGAUUCUCGGAAUAACAAUUGCCGAAUAUGCUGUGCAUCGGUUCUGAAAAGUUUCUCCGAAAAGUAUAAAACCAAUUUUUUCUUCAGCUUGGAAAACUCACAAUUUCUUGUGAGCACAGGCUCAACAUUUGAACGCUGUUCUGUUUUUGAUGAACCUUCGUUGUUUGUGGAUACGUAUGAAGAGUUGCAAUCGAAAGAGACUACUGUCUAUGAUUCCCUAGACGUACCUACUGAAAUAGGCGAUAUAUUUGGAAGUACAAAUCAAGAUUCCAAGCUUCCUUCAUUGAUUACAAGUCAGAUUCUAGAAGAUUCCAAAUUGCUCACAACAGAAAGAAGCCUAAAAUCGGAACCAAGUUUUUCGAGUCAACUAAAAGUUCAAAUCGCCUGGCCGACUUUUUCUGUAGAAGAAAUAGAGACGAGAAGUGAAGCAAUUGGUUGUGAAAGUUCUGUGGCGUCGUUUCUUUUAAAAACAACUGCGACAGUUUUGAACGCUCUUAAGUCAUCGACAUGGGAAAGAAGACACGGAGCAGCAUUAGGUCUCAAACAUUUAAUAGUUCCGAUGAGCGAUUGGCGCAAUAAACCGAAAACCAUGUUUGUUUUGAACUUUAUUGCAGAAGUUUUUCUACUUGAUAACUUCUGUGAUUUCGUGAGCGAGGAAACUUCAAUACCAGUUCGAGAACUGUUAGCCGACGUCUUUUCAGAACUAGUUUUCAAACUGUCAAUAACUGGACGAUGUUUCGAACUGGCGAAAAAAAUGCUGAAUGGCAGGACUUGGAGAUUACAAAUGAACUCGUAUCUUUUACUUAAAGCUAUGUUUUGCACAGAAGUGAAACAUAAAAACGCGGUUCAUGGAUAUGAAUCAAAAAAUAAAUGGAAUCAAGUUGUUGAAGGUAUCAUCAGAAAUGACCGGUUUGACGAUGAAAUCGAUUCAGAUAUAUCUAGAUUACAAGAUGAAUUGUUUCUGAAUGUUAUGGAACAUAUAGACCAUUCAAGGAAACAAGAUCUGUUUUCGUUCGUAAUGGGAAAACUUACCAGAAGUUCCAAACCAGAAUCUACCAGUUUUGCAAAUCCAACCACUUUAAAACUGGUGCACUCACUUCUUACGGCAAAAAAUCCUCUCAAAAUUGACUUAGAGGUAAAUUUGGUGAAAAAUUGUUGCUGGUCGACCAUUUUCAAUUUGACUUCAUUGUCAGAAAAUAUUGAAAGUAGUCAAAAAGUAAUCGACUGUCUGCAAAUUAUUCGGAGUAUAGAAAGCAAUUUUGUUGCCGAUUGUUACCUAUGCGCUUUAUUGUGCUUGAAACUAUUCGAAAACUCGGAAAUUAUUAAUGAAAUUAGAAGAUUUGUUGAAUUUGCUUUAAACAGCUUCGUAUAUCAGUACAAUAAGAAAAUUUAUUUGAAAAUCGGGAAAGUUUGUCAAAAUUUACUUGAAAUUUUGUUACUGAAGCCAACUUCAAUUAUUGAAAUAGAUUUUGAACAUUUUGAUUAUUUGAAAUGUUGA